UUUUAUUUAUACAUAUAUAUAGAGAGAUAUAGAUAUUCAGGAAGAAAAGAAUACAAUCGGUUUGUUUAUAUGUGAAAUUAAUGGCUGCCGAAGGAGUUUCACUGAACCAUGUGUCGAGAGAAUCCUCAGAUAUCGAUCGUCUUGCUCAGUUUUACCAAGAGAUAUUUGGAUUCGAACGCAUAGAAAGCCCUAAAUUUGAAUUCAAGGUGAUAUGGUUGAGGCAAUCGCCAUCUUUCUAUCUCCACCUCAUCGAGAGGGAUCCUUCCACGAAGCUUCCAGAAGGUCCAUGGAGUUCCAACGCUGCUGUCGCAGACCCUCACAACCUUCACAGGGGUCAUCAUCUCUGUUUCUCCGUUUCUAAUUUUGACUCCUUCGUCAAAACCCUCAAGGAGAAAGGAAUCGAGACGCAUGAGAAGACUCAACCAAAUGGGAAAACAAAACAAGUGUUCUUUUUUGAUCCUGAUGGUAAUGGAUUGGAGGUUGCUAGCCAGCCUUGAUGUGAUGAUCUACAAAAGUAAUGAAUCCAGGGUUUCUUCUUUAUGGUCACAAGGUAGAUGCAAACCUCUAUGUACCAUAGUCAUGUAGAGUAAAACAUCUAAAAACUUAUUAGUUUUUACUCGUGUUAAGGUACCUUACUAUGUGUUAAGAUGGUUCCUAUGGAUUUUAUAUAUAUAUUUAGAUUUUGUCAAAA